UGGUGGGCUGAAGCGAAGGUAGCGCAGAACGUGCAGCCACAUAUCCAUGCCACGAUCCAUCCAUAUAUUGGGCGGGACUGAGCGGAGCGCACUCCACCACCAUCUUCUCCUCGGCAAAAACGGUUCAACGUCGAUCGGGGAGCAUUGCAUUGACCAUGAGGAAGGUAUGCCCCAACCUCGACCGGGAGGACGGCCUCGACACCGUGCUCGAGGUGCCGGUCCCCGAGCUCCACCAGGAGGCGCCGGCCCGCAGCCGGCGCACGGUCAAGGCGUGGAUGCGGUCGCACAUGCACAUCGAUCACCAGCAGCAUCGCCGUGAUGGUGCGGCGCCUCCGCGCGCCGACGUGCAGAUCAUGCUCGGCGUCAUGGGUGCGCCGCUGGUGCCUCAGCCCGUGCAGCCCAGGAGGCCCAUGGGCGGACGUGGCAACAAGGAGGAGCCCCUGGAGCAAUCGAAGGCGAGGUACAUAGUGGAGCAGUACGUGGCGGCGGCCGGCGGCGAGGCGGCACUGAGCGCGGCGACUAGCAUGUUCGCCAUGGGGAAGGUGCGGAUGAGUAGUAGUACUACGUCCAAAUCCAAGAGCAAGGCAGCAAAGAAGGGAGCCGGCGAGGUGCACGGAGGAUUUGUGGUGUGGCAGAAGAAGCCGGAGCUCUGGUGCGUGGAGAUGGUCGUGGCCGGUGGCACUAAGAUGAGCGCCGGCAGCGACGGCAAUGUUGCCUGGCGCCAGACGCCGUGGCAGCAGGCCCACGCCUCCCGGGGGCCGCCGCGACCGAUCCGCAGAUGCGUUCAGGGUUUGGACCCGAAAUCCACGGCGGACCUCUUCUCCAGCGCCGCGUCCGUCGGCGAGGAAUCAGUCGAUGGCGAGGACUGCUUCCUGCUCCGCGUCGACGCGGAACCCUCCGCUCUGCACGCCCGCAGCAGCGCCGACGUGGAGGUGAUCCGGCACGCGCUAUGGGGGUACUUCAGCCAGAGGACGGGGCUGCUUGUCCGUCUUGAGGACAGCCACCUGUUGCGCAUCCCCAAGCCGGCCGAGUCCGGCGGCGAGGGCAAGGCCGCUUCCGCGAGCAUGUACUGGGAGACCACCAUGGAGUCCAUCAUCGGAGACUACCGCCCCGUGGACGGCAUCAACAUCGCGCACGCCGGCCGCACCGUCGUCUCGGUAUCCCCGUUCACGACGGCCGCCGGGGCAGUAGAGGACGCCGACGCCGACGCCGACGCGCGCAGGAAGAGACCGUGCACGUGCAUGGAGGAGACGUGGAGCAUCGAGGAGGUGGAGUUCAACAUCGCGGGGCUGUCCACGGAGUGCUUCCUGCCUCCCAGGGACCUCCUGCUUGGCACUUCCAAUUCCAAAGAGCAGCCGCGGCACAAGAAGGGGCAAGGCGACAAGGCGACAAAGGGCGGUCGAGACAGCGACGGUGGCUGCGGGAUCCGCGCGGCUGUGGCGAAGAAGGCACUUGUUCCGGUUGUGACUGGACUAGGUUGGUUCGGUCCGGCCAAGGUUGCCGCGGUUGACAGCUUAGACGCCGCCGACGAGUCGGAAGACACAACGUACGCACCGGCAAGAUGAGAUGGAGCCGUAUGUGGGGGAGUAGGCACUAGCUUGACUGGGAGGCGCGCUUUGCCGCGCCCGUCAGCGAAAUUGGUAUGUACAGUGGAGUACUUCGUUUUCUUUCCCUAUAUUAUACUCCUACUCCCUCCGUUCGGAAAGAUAAAACCUUUCAAAGAUUCGCCUAUAGACUAUAUAGAGUAAAAUCGUAUAUAGUAUACAGUGGAAUCUCUAAAAUGUCUUAUAUUAAGAAACGAAACCUACACUCUAAAAUAUACUACAUACAUCCGUAUGUAGUAUACAGUCGAAUCUCUAAAAGGUCUUAUAUUUAAAAAAUGAAGGGACUACUCCAUAUGACAUGCAAAAGCUUCGUGUAUGCAUUGAUUACCAAGUGAAAACACAUCACAUAUGAAAACGUCUUCAUCUUUGAGCCAUGCUCUUGAGUUCAUUUCAUCACUCACAAGAAAUGAACAGGAAAUUGGUACCUACGCCAUCUGCCCAACCACCCUCUCACAGCUAUCCGGAGUACAACAAGUUCCAGGUUUAGGGCCCAUGCUAUUUCUCCCCGUCCAAGAUGAACUGACCAACACGAGGGGUGCUGCUUCGGUGUCGGCCCACAUGUCACUAGCCUAAAGGCACAUGUGGUUACGACACCGAAGCUCAGUCCCGACAUAAGAGCAAGCUAGUUCUUAUGAACGUCAAUCAUAGAAAACGGAACAACUUCAUUCACAACAAUGGUUGGUUUACUUGUCCUUCAUGAAAUUGUGCAUGAUCUUAAGACAGAGGCUCUAGAGCUGUUAUUUUAAAGCUAGACUUUGAAAAUGCCUAUAAGUUGGUUAGUUGGGAUUUUUUUGAGGUCUAUUCAAUGGGUUAAAGGCUUCGAUGGUGCUUACAUACACCGUCUGAUGAGUUUGGUUAUGGAAGUACACGUUGCGGUGACUGUUAAUGGAAGUGUGGGACCUUUCUUUGGCAAUGGUCGAGGCUUGCGGCAAGGCGACCCUAUUUCCCCUCUUCUUUUUAAUUUUGUUGCCGAUACUCUCUCAUGUAUCCUUUGUAGAGCAAUUGUGGCUGGUCAUAUUAAGACAGUUGCCUCCCA